AUGCCUGUGGUAGAUGGGUAUUUUCCGUAGAGAUCACUACAAGUCUGCUGCAACCGCGACUGCGAGGGUUUUCCUCCUUUGCAUCUCCGUUUCCCACUGUGCAAUGGGAGGAGAAGGAGGAGGAGGGGAAUGGAUGGAGACGGAGGUGCGCCUGUCGACGGGGGCGUUGGAGGUGAUGUGGCGGGAGGACGGGCUGCGUCCGGUGCUGCAGCUGGCGGACGCGCCGCAGAUGGCCGGCGGCGCGGCUUCGGAGUCUGGGCGCUACCGCGUAGCGCUCUCCGACGGCGGCGCACGCCUGCAGCCGGGGAUGCUCGCCGCGUCCCUCAACCACCUCGUCGCCCGCGGCGCGCUCCGCCGCGGCACUGUCAUCCGCGUCCUCGAGUACUUCGCCGGCUUCAGCCGCACGCAAAGGAUCAUUAUUGUUAUCCAACUUGAGAUACUGCAAGCUGAGUGCAUGCUAAUCCGCAGUCCCACAAUCUUUGAGGCCAAUGCAACUCAACAUAUUGGUGUAUCCUGUUCUGGUGGUCUUGCUAUCCAUGAACCUUGCUUCAUGCAAUGUACUCAGCAAGUUAUUACCAACUCGUCAUAUUCUCCUGAUAAGAGAGUGUUGGAUUCUUCAGUUACACCAAGGGCAGAACCGACAGUGAUUAAUCUGCCAUUAAAUGAAUGUUUUUGUCCAGUGCCAGCACAGAGCACAAUAGAUGCCAAGAUGCAACAGCUUUCACUGAAUGAUCAUCAAAACCAAAGGUUUACGGUGACUGCCACAGGGCUCUCAGGCGCGAUGUCAGCGCAGCUGACGCCCGGCGCGGUGGUGGCGAUCUCCGAGCAUGCCGACGGCAACGGGACGCUCAAGCCGAUGCUGCAGGUGGUGGACGUGCGGAUGGUCAGCAAUGCCAACAACCCCUCCACCGAGCGCUUCCGAAUGGUGCUCUCCGACGGCAUCUACACGAUGCAGUCCAUGCUCCCUGCUGCCAGAACACCUGUGUCCUGGACGGCUCCAUCCGGAAGGGCUCAAUUAUCCACCUCCAGGAGUUCACCUGCAACACCAUCCAGAACCGCAGGUUAAUUAUUGUUACCAAACUUUAUGUUCUUCAAAGUGAGUGCAACAUAAUGGGAAACCCCAAACCCUAUAAGAUGAGAAACCAACCUAAUGAGCAGGUCACCAACUUACCGCCCAAUGCUGAAAAUAAGUCUCCU